CUGAGUGCACAGAAAGGCUUUGAUCGCGAGUCUGGCACAGUGCGAGCGGUCGAUGCAUUGGCGAGAUUAUUCUGGCCAGCACCGUGUCCUCACUGCCGCUCCACCAGGACUGCAGGGAGAGCAGCGGCGAGCGAGCGCCGCCCAGCAGGCAGCCUCCCUGGGGGGGACCCCGCCGCUCGCGUCCCACCUCCCCGGGGGCCCUGCAGGGCGCGCAGGGAUCUGCCAAGGCCAUGUCUGUCCCAUCGUCACUGAGCCAGUCGGCCAUUAAUGCCAACAGCCACGGAGGCCCGGCGCUGAGCCUGCCCCUGCCUCUGCAUGCUGCCCACAACCAGCUGCUCAACGCCAAGCUGCAGGCCAGCGCCGUGGGGCCCAAGGACCUGCGCAGCGCCAUGGGGGAGGGCGGCGGGCCUGAGCCAGGACCUGCCAAUGCCAAGUGGCUCAAGGAGGGCCAGAACCAGCUCCGGCGCGCUGCCACAGCUCACCGCGACCAGAACCGCAACGUGACCCUCACCCUGGCGGAGGAGGCCAGCCAGGAGCCAGAGACAGUACCUUUGGGCCCCAAAGGGCUGAUGCACCUCUGUUCUGAGCUGGAGAUCUCCGCCCACAACGCUGCCAACCGAGGGUUGCGGGGACCCGGCCUGAUCAUAAACACCGAAGAUCAGGAGCCAGAUGAGGGAGAGGAGAAGGCAGCUGGGGAGGCUGAGGAGGAUGAUGAGGAAGAGGAGGAGGAAGAGGAGGAGGACUUGUCUUCUCCCCCAGGACUGCCCGAGCCCCUGGAGAGUGUGGAGGUCCCUCCGGGGCCCCAGGCCCUUGCAGAUGGCCCCCGGGAGCACAGCAAGAGCGCCAGCCUACUGUUCGGCAUGCGCAACAGUGCGGCCAGCGAUGAGGACUCAAGCUGGGCUACAUUAUCCCAAGGCAGUCCAUCCUACGGCUCCCCGGAGGACACAGAUUCCUUCUGGAACCCCAACGCCUUCGAGACGGAUUCCGAUCUGCCAGCUGGAUGGAUGAGGGUCCAGGACACCUCAGGGACCUACUACUGGCACAUCCCAACAGGGACCACCCAGUGGGAGCCCCCAGGCCAGGCAUCCUCCUCACAGGGGAGCAGUCCCCGGGAGGAUUCCUCCCAGCUCACCUGGACUGGCUUCACCCACGGAGAAGGCUUUGAGGAUGGAGAAUUCUGGAAGGAUGAGCCCAAUGAGGAGGCUCCAAUGGAUUUGGGGAUAAAGGACCCUGAAGAGGGGACCUUGCCCUUCCCAGCUCAGAGCCUUAGCCCAGAGCCAUUGCCCCAAGAAGAGGAGAAGCUGCCUGCCCGGAAUACCAAUCCAGGAACCAAGUGUUUCGCUGUGCGCUCACUGGGCUGGGUGGAGAUGACAGAGGAGGAACUGGCCCCUGGACGCAGCAGUGUGGCUGUCAACAACUGCAUCCGUCAACUCUCCUACCACAAGAACAACCUGCACGACCCCAUGGCUGGGGGCUGGGGAGAGGGCAAGGAUCUGCUGCUCCAGCUGGAAGACGAGACGCUAAAGCUGGUGGAGCCACAGACUCAGGCCCUGCUGCAUGCCCAGCCCAUUGUCAGCAUUCGAGUGUGGGGCGUCGGGCGGGACAGUGGAAGGGACUUUGCCUACGUAGCUCGUGAUAAGCUGACCCAGAUGCUCAAGUGCCACGUGUUUCGCUGUGAGGCACCCGCCAAGAACAUCGCCACCAGCCUGCAUGAGAUCUGCUCUAAGAUCAUGGCUGAACGGCGCAAUGCCCGCUGCUUGGUUAAUGGGCUCUCCCUGGACCACUCUAAACUUGUGGAUGUCCCUUUUCAAGUGGAAUUCCCAGCACCCAAGAACGAGUUGGUGCAAAAGUUCCAAGUCUAUUACCUGGGGAACGUGCCUGUUGCUAAACCUGUUGGGGUGGAUGUGAUCAAUGGGGCCCUGGAGUCAGUCCUGUCCUCCAGUAGCCGUGAGCAGUGGACCCCCAGUCAUGUCAGCGUGGCCCCUGCUACCCUCACCAUCUUGCACCAGCAGACAGAGGCAGUGCUGGGCGAGUGUCGGGUGCGCUUCCUCUCCUUCCUGGCUGUGGGCAGAGACGUCCACACGUUUGCGUUUAUCAUGGCUGCCGGCCCAGCCUCCUUUUGCUGCCACAUGUUCUGGUGCGAGCCCAAUGCGGCCAGCCUCUCAGAGGCUGUGCAGGCUGCAUGCAUGCUCCGUUACCAGAAGUGUCUGGAUGCACGCUCCCAGGCCUCCACUUCCUGCCUCCCAGCACCCCCUGCAGAGUCCGUUGCCAGACGUGUAGGGUGGACCGUCCGUAGGGGUGUUCAGUCGCUGUGGGGCUCCCUGAAGCCCAAACGACUUGGGGCCCAUACCCCCUGAAGCACUUGGUCUGCCCUCUACCUGCUUGCGUUGGGCCCCAGGCAUCUCAAGGGUAUGGGGUGGGGUGGAGCUCUAGAAGGUAUUUUUAGGCCUCCAUCCCAGGGACUUGGGGUUCCCUGCCUUGGGGCCAGGGAGGGAGAGAUCUGGUCCCUGCAAGGAUGUGACAAUACUGGGUUGGUGACAAGAGUCACAGGAAGCAAGGCCAGCUCCAGGCUCUCCAUCCCUGUUCCAGGUGAAACAGGAGGAACUGUUCAGGCCAGGCCCCACCUCUGGAAGGUCCAGCAGGGGCAGGAGGAGGGGACUGGUCCAGAAACGGGCCUCCUCCCCCCUUGCUCCAUGGGCUCUUCUGCUGUACUGAUAUCACUAAUAAAGUCUGUCUGCCCUGCUGA